CCCUCCCCCUCUGCCGCCGGCUCUCGAUCUGAUUCCUAAUCCCCGAUUCCUAGAUACAUGGUUCCGCCAUGGGUGCCUGAGCGUCCCCCAUUGCCCCCGGCCCCCCUGCCCCCGGGCCUUGAGGGGGCAGAGGCAGCGGCCUGGGACGAAGAGGGGGUGACCAGGCUCCGGAGCCCCCUCCACACCCGUCUGUCCGCACUGUCGGGCUGGGAACGCGGAGUUCGGAGCGACCCGGGGCGCUGCGGAUACAAAGGCGCGGAGCCGACCAGGGCGCCCGCCGAGUCCACUGGGCAGGUCACAGCGGCGGGGGCGUCGCUUGAUUUUCUCUGAGAGAAGCCCACCUGUCCAGCAAAAUAGAGUCCCUCAGGGUGACGGUUGAUUUCCUAAAGGUGCCCCUCGGCCUGAAGAAGCCGGUGCUGAAGGAGGUGGCUGUGGGGCCCCCGCAAAGGCCCCAGCCUGUGGCCCUGGAGCGCUACAAGGCACGGCGUUCAGACGCCAUGGACACUGAAUCCCAGUACUCGGGCUAUUCCUACAAAUCGGGCCACUCCCGCAGCUCCCGAAAGCACAGGGACCGACGGGACCGACACCGCUCUAAGAGCCGAGAUGGGAAUCGUGGGGAUAAAUCGGUGACAAUCCAGGCUCCAGGGGAGCCCCUGCUGGACAAUGAGUCCACUCGAGGGGAUGAGCGGGAUGACAACUGGGGGGAAACGACCACUGUGGUAACAGGUACUUCAGAACACAGCAUCUCCCACGAUGACCUCACGCGAAUCACCAAGGACAUGGAGGACAGUGUCCCCCUGGACUGCUCCCGUCACCUGGGGGUGGCUGCUGGUACUACGCUGGCGCUGCUCUCCUUCCUCACACCACUGGCUUUCUUGCUGCUGCCCCCUCUGCUGUGGCGGGAGGAGUUGGAGCCCUGCGGGACAGCCUGCGAGGGCCUCUUCAUCUCUGUGGCCUUCAAGCUUCUUAUCUUGCUGCUGGGCAGCUGGGCCCUGUUCUUCCGCCGUCCCAAGGCCUCACUGCCCCGUGUCUUCGUGCUGCGUGCCCUGCUCAUGGUGCUCGUCUUCCUGCUUGUCGUCUCCUACUGGCUCUUCUACGGUGUGCGCAUCCUGGAUGCCCGGGAACGCAGCUACCAGGGUGUGGUGCAGUUUGCCGUGUCGCUGGUGGAUGCUCUGCUCUUUGUACACUACCUGGCAGUGGUCCUGCUGGAGUUGCGCCAACUGCAGCCUCAGUUCACACUCAAGGUUGUGCGCUCCACUGAUGGGGCCAGCCGCUUCUACAAUGUGGGCCAUCUCAGCAUCCAGCGAGUGGCAGUGUGGAUCCUGGAGAAGUAUUACCAUGACUUCCCUGUCUACAACCCCGCCCUUCUCAACCUGCCCAAGUCCGUCCUGGCCAAGAAAGUGUCUGGCUUCAAGGUGUAUUCCCUCGGAGAGGAAAACAGCACCAGCAACUCCACAGGCCAGUCCCGGGCUGUGAUUGCUGCAGCGGCCCGGAGGCGGGACAACAGCCACAAUGAGUACUACUAUGAGGAGGCAGAGCAUGAGCGGAGGGUGCGCAAGCGGAGGGCCAGGCUUGUGGUGGCAGUGGAGGAGGCCUUCACUCACAUUAAGCGGCUGCAGGAAGAGGAGCAGAAGAACCCCAGGGAGGUGAUGGACCCCCGGGAGGCAGCCCAGGCCAUCUUUGCAUCCAUGGCCCGUGCCAUGCAGAAGUACCUCCGGACCACCAAGCAGCAGCCUUACCAUACCAUGGAGAGCAUCCUGCAGCACCUGGAGUUUUGCAUUACACACGACAUGACGCCUAAGGCCUUCCUAGAGCGGUACCUGGAGGCCGGACCCACCAUCCAGUACCACAAGGAACGCUGGCUGGCCAAACAGUGGACACUAAAGUGGGAGCAGAGGAUCUUGCAAGAGUGGUUAUAUGUGCUCCUUGAUAGUGAGUAGGUGGGCCAGGAGGGGGCAGUGUGAGUGCAUCAUUGCUCCAUUGUCCCUUAGAUGUAGGAACAAGAAAUUAUUCUGAGAGGAGACAAAUGUGGGAACUGAGGAUUCACUUAGCCUUGGGGUGUGGGGGUAGGGGAUUAUCAGUAUAAGGAGAAAAGAAAGAUUCAUAAGAAUUUCAGAAACUUAAUUGAUUUUAGUCAGUAGUGACAGCUCAUCACAUUUCAUUAAGAAAAUUACCUGAAGUAGCUCUGGCUGGUGUAGCUCUGGCUGGUGGGUUGCAGGCCAGGUCCCUGGUAGGGGUGUGCAUGAGAGGUAACUGCACUUUGAUGUUUCUCUCCCUCUCUCACUCCCUUCCUCUCUAAAAGUAAGUAAAUAAAAUCUUUAAAAAAGUUACCUGAAGUAUAUGUCUAAUUUCAUAACAUCUUAUUUCUACCAUUACCUCUCCAGUCUUUCAGGCACUGCACAAAAGAAGGUCUCACAGUAGUCACUUAUUUAAAAUGAAAAUAUUAAGUUGGCAUUGUACUUGUAAUAAAGCAUUAAAAUGAUCAAGUGUGGAGGGCCCUUCUUUCAGCUCUACCCAGACCCAAGCUUCUCUGUGACUUUGAGCAAAAUGCUUAGCACAUAAACAGCCUUCUAAGGUUAAAACAAACAAGCAAAUGUAAACUUUCCUGUGGAGAGUUGACCUAUUUACUAGAUUCAGUCUUCCUCUUCCCACCUCAUGCUUUGCCAGGCUUUGAGGAUAUAAGGACAAGAGACAAGGUCCUUGUCCUGGAGUAAGAUCCAGCCUAUAAGAGGUGACAGACCAAAUAACCUAAUGUAAGCCUGUGUGGCAUGUUCACAGGUGGAACACAGAGGAGCUCUAGCUGGAUUAUAAGGACCUCAGGGUGCCUUCAAGAAAUUUGUGGAAGUUAAGAAUCAAGAGGGAAUAACACAAUUUCCUUGAGAGGAGAGGAUUUAUUUGCUUUGUUUACCUAAGUAUUCCUAGCAUCUAUACCAGUUCCUUACAUACAGUUGGUGCUCAGUAAACAUUUUUUUGAAUGAAUAAUGAAUUUUAAAAAACCUAACAAUAUAAAUAGGGACAUGUAAAAGGGAUCAUAUACUUCUUGCUUUAAAAUUGCAUUCAAAUCUUUCUCAUAUGAAAACAAAAAACUUCCCUUGAAACUAUAGCCCCCAUUUCCAUGGCUCUUUAUAAUUUCACUACAAGCCAACCUUUGAGUUAUUGUGACCAAAUUUCUAGCAUGACUCUCAAAUGAUCUUUCUCUUAAUGGACAAAUAUAAUAACUCUUUUUAGAGUAGUGAGUCUUUCUUUAUUCAGUGCCUAGGACGUUUCUGGCAUUAAAGUGCUUUGGGUGGUAUAUGUUCUUGCCCUCACUGAGUCAACCUUUGUGGACUUUUGAGGGGUCUGUUUUAACCUCACAGAUCUCUUCCUCUCAUGCUGGGCCCAGGAAUGAACAGAUUUAAGGCCAGAUUUCAAUACUUGAUUUAUGGGAUCAUAUUUCUUCUCAGGGUUUGCUGAAAGAAAAAGAUAAUCGUAGCCACUUGCCACGUAACAAAAGAUAUUUGUAACUUUUAGCUGAAGGAAGGGUUUUCCAUGGAAAUACUACACAUAGCAUUGAAGAUAGGUACUCAGCUUGGUGGAUUGUCUGGGACUGACUUACAUUGCUACCCCUGUGUAAUUUCUAGUCUUUGCCUUUGAAAAGCUGCCAAGGGGGAGCUCAAAUUUGAGGGUAUGAGUGAGGAGAUAGAACCUUUAGACCCAAUUCUUAGAGAAUCCUUACUAAAAUUUUGUUAAGUAAGUUUCAUGGUUUCUAAAGAACUGAAAACUAGCUGCUUAAAGUAGCCCCUGGCUUUUGAUCUGUUAGUUUAAGCAAGUGAUGGAAAUACUUUCCCAAUUGCUGGGAAGGCUAGGGUAGAAGGAAGUCAGUCUUUUGAAAAACAUCACAGCAUUAGUGCACAAAUGGUCCUGGAAGAUGCUACACAACUAGCCAUAGAAUGGAAAGAUCUUGAGGAGCCACCAUCCCUGUCCAACUUUCUGGUUUCUCUGUAGGCUGAGAAUAGGGUCCAUUUCCUGUUAGAAAGGGCAAGGCAGACGUAGUUUAGCAGCUCAUAACAAAGGCUAAGUAUGGAAAAGUGGGAUAAGGUACUGGUUAUAGUUGUGAAACCUGGACAAGGCAUUGGCUUCUCUCAUUUAAUCUAGAAAUUGUGUGCUAUGCAUUUGGAUAAAAAGAUAUGUAAAAUAAGUCCUAGAAGACCCUUCAUGGGAUUUUGACUAGUAAAACUGGAAAAUGUUACUAUUUUGUUACCUGUUGUAAGCAACCCAAGUGGGUAAACUAUUUUCUAGAGGUGGUAAGCACCAUUGGCAAGAGACAGACUUAAGCCAGCACUUGGCGGCUGCAUUGAGGUUGGUAGGCAAACUAUUUGAUGUCUCCACUCAAAAAGAGACAUCUGUAUUCUCUGAUAUCACAUAAGGGACACUGGACCACUUUGGUUGAAAAAAGUUAAGAGUAUGAGAUCUUCAUUUGCAUACUGUCCCUUCUGCUUGCUUUUGGGAACAGUUAGCCCACGCUGCUGCUUUACCCAGGGUAAAUAGGCAGUUAAAAGUGAAAGUACGAAUUUUGGGGGGAUUUUUAGGGUAGCAAAACUAUUCCCUAUGAUACUAUUAUUGCAGAUCAUGUUAUUAUAAAUUUGUCCAGACACAAAUAAUAUACCUAAUGUACAACCUAAUGUGAGGUAUGGCCUUUGGGUGAUAAUGACAUGUCAAUGUAGGUUCAUCAAUUGUAAGAAAUAUACCACUCUGGUGGGGGGUGUUUAUAAUAUGGGUGGUUGUAUGUGUGUGAGCGCAGCAAAAUGCAUGUGAAACUGUCUUCUGCUCAAUCUUGCUGUGAACCCAAAGCUGCUCUUAAAAAAUGAAGUCUAGUUAAAAGGUACAAACUUUCAGUUAGGUAAGUACUGGGGGUGUAAUGUACACACUGAUUAUUGUAGUUAACACUGCUGUAUAAGAUAUUUGAAAAUUGCUGAGAAUAGAUCCAAAAAAUUCUUAUCACAGAAAAAAUACAUUUUUCUCUUUUUUCCUUGUAUGAGAUGAUGUAUAUUAAAUGAACUUAUUGUGGCAACAUUUCACAAUAUAUGUAGAUCAGUUCAUUAUGCUGUAUACCUUAAAGUUAUACAGUGCUCUAUGGCAAAGGUCUCUCAAUAAAACUGAAAGAAAAGUCAACUAAAAAGCAAAACUAAACUAAAACCAAGCAUAACCUUACUUAGUUCUAGAUAUAGUUCUAGUAAUAAAAGUGAUAGCAUAGGCACUUGUGAUUCAGAAAACAAAAGUGAAAUUGUAUGCUCUUUUUCCUGGGUCCUUUAAAAGUGUGUCACUGAUGAGCUUGGAAAUAUGUUAAAGCCCACUGAAGAGGAAGAGGAGGGUCUGGUGGCCCAUCAACACUGACAGCUGGAAAUUUGCAUGAGUGGACUUCACUGUGUCAAGAGAUACAUGGUUUAACUUAGUUGUGAUUUUCAUCCCUUUUCGGUUCUUCUUAAAGCUUCUUUCUGAUAUGUGAAUGAUGGGGAUAGUUUUUACAAUAAAGAACUGUUAUUGAAGGAUAUAAGCUUUCCAUUAUGAGAUGAAUAAGCAUGGUGACUGGUUAAAAUACUGUUGUCUACUUGAAAUUUGCUAAGAUUGUAGCCCUUGAGUGUGUUCAUCAAAUGCACACAAAGGUAACUAUGUGAGGUGAUAGAUCUGUAAACCUGAUCGCGCUAAUCAUAUCACAAAGUACACAUGUGUCAAGUCUUUAUGUUGUGUACUUUAAAUAUAUAACAUUUUGUUGGUCAGUUAUACCUCAAUAAAGCUGGAAAAAGCA